GCCGUAAUUCAAGCUCUCUGUGAGCUUGUUGAUCCUGCUUUUUCGAUCGAACAGCGUUCUCCGCGCAAGUGGCCGGGUUUCUCCAAGCUGACUCGAUACCCUGUUUGUCGCUCGUUGGCACCAUUGACGGGUAUUGUUACGAAAUAGGAAACGAGUUGUUGGUUGUCCCUUGGCUGAUCAUUUACUACAGAAUGUGGAGUAAUUAGACAUAAUGGAAUAUCUUCCUAAAUUGACUCUCGUAUUAGUCUUGUUCACAGAUAUAUAAGUGUGUUCAUCUGCAGCUCUGGGUGACUUACUCCUCCAACCGUCUUUCAAAAUCAGACAUCAAAACUCUCUGUAUAUCAUCGAUCAUUUUUGUUGCCAAUCACUCGUUUUAAGGCAAUCCUUAUACUCAAAUAACCAUCAAAAUGCAAUUCACCAUCGUCUCAGUCUUGGCUCUUGCCAGCUUGGCUCUUGCUCAAGACAGCGGAAUUCCAAGUUGCGCACAACCUUGUAUUGACGAUGCAGCUAAAUCAGAGACCACCUGUGGAGCUACCGAUAAAGCCUGCCAAUGUCUACCCGACAAUGUCUCGAAAAUUCAAACCGCUGCUACAACCUGUGUCAUUAAGGAGUGUGGUAUCACCGUCGCUUUGACCGUUCCGGAUGCCGCUGCUAAGGAAUGUGCUUCUCUCCCUGCCUCAUCCGCUGCACCAGCUUCUACUAGCUCUGCUAGCGCUGCUCCAUCUUCUGCUGUCGAAUCCAGCAGCUCUGCUGCCGCUCCUUCUUCAUCUGCUGCCGAGUCGUCACCUGUGGUCUCUUCUACCGCCGCCUCUACUCUUGUCUCUUCUACCGCCGCCUCUACUCCCGUCUCUUCUACCGCCACCCCCACUCCCGUCUCUUCUGUUGCCGCCACCACAAUCACUUCGGGCGUAGCUGCACCAACUGGCUCCAACGCUACAGCUACCGGUCCAUCGCCUACCUCAUCGACUGCCCCAUUCACUGGCGCUGGAGCUCAAGUUAAAGCUAGCUUUGCAGGCGCCCUUGUCCUCGGUGUCGUCGCUGCCCUUGCCUUCUAAGCAAUCGGACGAAUGAUAAGGAUAUGAAGGUUGUAAUAAUGAUGGAAUGUUAAGGUUUGGACGGCUUUGAAAGUUUGGAAAAGGAACUGAAGCUGGAAGCUGGAAAAGUAAAUGAACUUGAUGUGUAUGACCGCCGGGUAUUAAAAUUAAUUCUUCACACUAAAUAUUGUAAUGGCUUACCAUUUUAACUUUACCAUGAAAUCAAUGCAUAUGAAAAUAACUGCGUCUUAUUGUGCAUCCUGCAAUGUGAUGAAAGAAACGAAACGAAGUGUAAAAGAAGCAAGUGAGUCUCAGAGAUGGGGGUCCCUAUGGGCUUUAUGUAUUUCUGCGUCGAGGUCCAGAUAUCAAUCACGCAAGAAACUAUAUCGAUGGCGAUAACGUCGCGUUAUCGCUCAAGGGGGGGAUCCCCUUCGGGAUUCGCAUAUCCAUUUCAGAGCCUCGAUGUUUCCUGCGACGAGAUCAAUUCUUUUCGGCGGGAGCAGUCGAAAAUGCAAUAUUGCCA